UCAUCUCUGCGUUCAUACAUGUUUCAUUUAGUGAUAUGAUUUUCAAGUCAAAAUGCCUAAUAUUUUAUCAAUUUUAGUGUUUUUUAUAUUAUCUAUUACAUUAAUAGGAGCACAGGACAUACUUGGAUGUGGAGGUUUUGUUAAAUCUGACGUCGAUAUAAAUUUCUCGUUGGUUGAGAUAAAGUUGUAUACACGACAAGGCACGUUGAAAUACCAGACUGACUGUGCACCGAACAAUGGAUAUUACAUGGUUCCUUUAUAUGACAAGGGUGAAUAUAGUCUGAGGAUUGAACCACCUGCAGGCUGGAAUUUUGAGCCUGAUGGUGUAGACCUGGUUGUAGAUGGGACGACAGAUAAGUGCAGUCGUGGGGAAGACAUCAACUUCCAGUUUAAAGGUUUCUCCAUAUUAGGGCAGGUGACCAGUAAAGGGCAGAGUGUAGGCCCAGCCGGUGUAACUGUGUCUUUACGAAGCAAGGGCUCAACUAGUGUGUUGCAAGUGAUUACAUCUAAUAAAGGUGGCAGCUUUGAAUUUUCAAAAGUUCUACCUGGUACUUAUACAGUAACUGCUACACAUCCUAAGUGGAAAUUUGAGAAGGAUGCAGUUUCUGUAACAAUAUCGAAAGACAAUGGAAACAUUUCUGGACUUAUGGUGUCAGGUUAUGAUAUUAUGGGGCAAGUGACGAGUGAUGGUGAACCUAUCAGAUCUGUCACAUUUCUUUUGUUCUCUGAUGUCAUAUCGAGUAAGCAGGAGGUACAGGGAUGUGACAAAUCGCCAGUGCAUGAGUAUGACAUGUCAGGUGUUGCCAGCCAUUACCUGUGCUUUGUCACCUCGGGCGACGACGGCAGGUUUGUGUUCCCAACGCUUCAACCUGGCUCCUACACGCUGCUGCCAUACUACAGGGGCGAGCACAUUGUGUUUGACGUCGUUCCAGCGAAGCUUGCUUUCACGGUCGAGCAUAGCAGUCUCGUACUGAGCGAUAUCUUUCAAGUUCAAGGGUUCUCUGUUAGUGGGAAGGUUGUAGCAUCAAAAUCGGGUCCUGGUGUAGAAGGUGCAGCAAUUUCCAUCAAUGGCAAGCAGCAAGCUUUGACGAACAAAGAUGGCAUCUAUCAUCUUGACAGCAUGAGAACUGGAACCUACACAUUUGCGGUUACAAAGCAGCAUAUAUUGUUUAAGCCAGUCACAGUUAGAAUCACGCCAAACACUCCAAGGCUACCUGACGUCGUUGCUGCAAACUUCAGUGUAUGUGGCACUGUGGCAAUAACAGCAUUGCCAGAGGGUUUGCCUGCUGUUCCAAGGAGAAAACUCAUCCUUACCCAUGUAGAUAUUAAAAGCGACAUGGUAUCGAUAACAACGGAUGCAGGUGGAAAAUUCUGCACACAGUUACCACCAGGAAAAUACACGUUGAAGGUUGCGAUCACAAGCGAUGAGUUAAAGGCAGGGCUUUCACUGACCCCAACGGAACAUUCACUGAGCGUGAUCGAUGCUCCCAUACUUGAUAUUGACUUCCAUCAGUUCAAGGCUACUGUGUCUGGAAGCCUGCACUGCAUGGAAAAGUGCCAGCCAAUGCAAGUGUCAAUAGUGCAACAGGGUAAGGUAGAUGAGGAACCCAUUGCUGCACUUGAUGUUGGUGGCAGCAGAACAGAUUUUAAGUUUGAUGAUGUCUUGCCAGGAAAGUACACAGUGGUGUUGCUACAUGACAACUGGUGCUGGAAGAAAAAACGUAUUGAUGUGGAAGUGCUCGACAAAGACGUCAUUGACGUCAAGUUUCAGCAUACCGGCUAUAUCAUAUCUUGUACAUCAUCUCAUCCUCUGCAACUGGGCUAUAGCCAAGCAGGGAAAUCUGGUGAAACGAUCAAUGUGGUUAAGGGUAUCAACAAAUUCUGUUUACCACAGCCAGGCAUCUACACUCUGCUGCCUAGUUCCUGUCACGAGUUUGAGCAGGCUUCCUACAAGUUUGACACAACAGCACCCAGCAUCAUUGUGCUGAAUGCUGUGCGCCACCUGGUGUCGGGAUUCAUCAAUACUGAUUACAACACGACAUCGAUACAAGUGAACGUUCGGACAACACUUAGCUCCUCAGCGCCUCAUCUUAAAGCGCCGAGGAAAGGUUCAGGAGAGUUCCACUUCUCCUACAUGGGCAGAAAUGGUGAGGAAGUCACAUUCACACCCACGCAUGGCCAACUGCUCUUCUACCCUCCCAGCCAACAUGCAGUCAUUCAUUCAGAAUGCUUGCAAAAUAGUGUUAAGUUUAGAGCAGAACUAGGCAUAUUUCUGGAUGGCUUCGUGACCCCAGCACUUGCUGGGGUUGCGGUGACGGUGACGUCAAAUGAAGACCCGAACCUUAAAGUUACCAUCGAUACAGAUACCAAAGGAAAAUACAGGGUGGGACCACUUCAUAAGGAUGCAGCAUAUAUCAUACAAGCCCACAAGCCUGGUUAUAUCAUCACAGAAAUAGAGAAUAACUCUGGUAACUUCAAAGCCUUCAAGUUGGCACAGAUCGUUAUCAAGGUAGUAGACGAAUCCAAUGUCCCUCUACAGGGAGUGCUGCUGUCACUCAGUGGUGGGAAAUUCAGGAGCAACCGAGUCACAAUGGAGAAUGGGACAUUGCUGUUUAGUGGACUCUCCCCAGGCCAGUACUUCCUCAGGCCUGUUAUGAAAGAAUACAGUUUUGAACCACCGUCCCAAAUGAUAGAAGUUGCAGAAGGGUCAAAUGUCGACUUGAAAGUUCUAGCCGUGCGAAUUGCUUUUAGUUGCUAUGGAUAUGUCUUGUCUCUAAGUGGAGAGGCGGAAGCAAACAUUUUCGUAGAAGCUGUUGGUACAGGUGACUGUAAGCAGUACCAAGAGGAAUGCACAAGUGAGGCCAACGGAGGUUACAGGAUUAGAGGCCUUAUGCCACAAUGCAUCUACCACUUGCGUAUCAAGUCUGGUGAAAAUGUGAACACGCAUAUUCAUCGGUCAACUCCAGCAUUCCGCGAAGUGCGUGCAGUCAAGACUGAUCUACAUGAUGUUAACCUGAUUGUGUUCCGACCCCUUACCCAAAUGGAUGUGACAGUGCACGUCAUUGCUGCCCAGGAGUACUGGCAAGGUCUUAAGGUGAAGCUGUACAAGGAUUCAGAUCCUGACAACCCAGUUUAUAGCACACAGUUGGUAUCGACAAAUUUCAUCUAUCUACCCACACUGCCUAUAGACAAUACAGUGUAUACAGUGCGGCUCGUGAGUGACUUGGCAAAGAAUAUGAACGAGUAUCAGCUACCUGAAGAGACCUUCACGGCCAGUGAAGCCCUUGCACACAUUGCUUUACCAUUCAAUCCUAAGCCGAAGAAAGUGGAACAAGAUGUGGCAGCACAUGGAAACUACAUGGCCUUGUUAGUGACAAUAAUGCUGUGUGUUGUUGGCUUUAAUUACACAAAGCUGUUACCAGCAUUUUCACAGCUUGGAACAUCUGCCAGAGGUCUCAUGAACCCAGCAGCUACCUCUAGUGAAGUCAUUUUCCAGCCCACAGCAGAGCCCACGACAAUGCAGCCACCGAGCAAGAGAAAAAUCCGGAAAGCGUAACUAUUAUUUGGCAGCUUUCUUUUACUCUAGUAAGAAACCAUAGUAGUGUGUGUGUGUACAAUGAACGUUACAGUUAUAUGUGUGUGAUAGCCCCAGCUGUUUGCUAGCUCCAUAUACCUACUCAAUGUGUUUAAUUGGAAUGUAUUCAGUGUAGAACUUGAUGGCACCAAUGAUCAGUUGCAUGCACAUAGUGCAUAACCAAUAAAAUAUAUCUACCUGGAGAAAAUUUUAUUCGGUGGUUCCUUUCCGAGUCUGGUAUAAUUGGUAUUGUAUGAGGACUUGUGGGGUUAUACUGCUAUCAGCAAUUGUUGUUGAGGAAGGCUGUUGUUGAGGUGCUACACGCGCUGCUAAACGUCAUAUAUACUUGUACGAUCAUGUACAGCAACCUUUACAGUGAUGUGCUGAUAGAUUGAUGCCAGCUGUCAUAUCUGAAUAACUUUCUAUUGCAUUUUUCAUGCAUUGAUAUUGCUCACAGAAUGUUCAUAAUUAUGAAAAGAAGCAUGUAUUCCUAUGCUGAACUGAGUGUAAGUAUGGUUUUGCAGGUUAGGUGCAGUACCCGUAUGUUAAUUCUAUAAGUGUUAUUCCACUGUAAGUGUAUGGUGAAUUAAGAUUAGGUUUAAGAUGUCAAUACGAUUUGACAACUGUUACCUAUGGUAAUAUUAAUGCACAUACAAAGAUACACCUUGUUUUUCUCGUUGUAAAGUGAUACUUCUAAAAUAAAAUGUAAUCAUUUGUUGUUUCUAAA